GGGUAAACCAACAUGUCGAUUGCUCAGCAGCGCCUCAGUGAGGAGCGCAAGGCCUUCCGCCGCGACCAUCCCUUUGGCUUCUACGCAAGACCGGCGACGCUUCCGGAUGGCAGCAUGAACAUGCUCGAAUGGGAGUGCGGCAUCCCCGGAAAGAAAGAGUCUGACUGGGAAGGCGGGACGUACAAGCUGCGAAUGCUGUUUUCAGAGGACUUUCCAUCGCUGCCUCCAAAGUGCAAGUUUGAUCCUCCGCUCUUCCACCCGAACGUCUUCCCCUCGGGCACCGUCUGCCUGUCGUUGUUGGAUGCUGACAAAGACUGGCGUCCAGCAAUUACUAUUAAGCAGAUUCUUCUGGGCAUUCAAGGAUUGCUAACAGAGCCUAACCUGCUCGACCCAGCACAAGUGGAUGCGUACGACACAUUGAGAAACAAUCCUGAACUGUACAAGAAGCGCGUCCGCGAGCAGGCCGCCAAGUUUAAGACAUGAUGCGAUCUUUGUGAAGGGCUGCUUUGUUUUUGUUAUCCGCCUCGAGUGCAUCACAAAUGAACAAAAAAAAAAAGCUUAAACCUCAA